AGCAGCACAUUAGUCGAGAUCGGUUAGGCGUUCGGAUUGGAUCGGGCAGUGCACCUGCAGCAGCACCCCAGCCCGCCCUCGUCCUUUUGCUGAACAGUCAGCUGCCAUGGCGGACCCGGACUCAGACUGGCUGGCGGGCGGCGACGACGCCGGCGACGACUGGCUGUCGAGCGCCACCGAGGACACCAGCGCGGCGACGCCCGCCGCCGCCGGAGGUGCCGCCCCCGCGGCGGCCGGGGCGGCCGGAGAGGAGCCACCGCCAAGGCCGCGCGUGGACGAGUGGGCGUGGCCCAAGGGGCAGCCCUUCCUGGCGCUGCCGCCCUACCGCACCCGCCGCGUGCAGCCCCGCAAGCUGGACAAGUUCAUCCCCUUCACGCACUGGAGCCGGCCCACCUCGCUCAACUACGAGUACAUCUACCUGUACCGCAAGAACUACUACGACGACGUGAUCGACUACCUGGACCAGAAGUCCCGGGGCGUGAGCCGGGAGCGGCCCAAGCCGCAGACGUGGGCGGAACGCGCGCUGCGCACCUACCCCAGCUCGGCGCCGCCAGACCGCCACCAGAAGACCAUGCAGGUGGAGGACUCGCUGAAGAACGUGGGCACGGUGGCGGGGCUGACGCACACCAACGCCAUCAGGCACCACCUGUCCAACAACGUGGUGCGCACGCGCUACUACGACGCGCUGUACCAGCCGCUGCCGGGCCCGCAGUUCCCCGUCGACGAGGACGUGUGAUGGCGGCGGCCGUCAAGUGAAGCCCGGACCCAGGGCCAGGCCCAGGGCCGCGGUCCCGGAACAUCCGCGGGCGCGCUCUAGCCUCGCCACCCGACGACGACGCGGGGGCCACGGCGACGUCCCCGCCACCCUGACCCCCCCGUCCCAGUUUGGCAGGCCUUGGCCUCGCGCUCGUUGGUGUUCCCCGGACCUGAGGCGGUGGCUGUGGCGGCUGCUGCGGUGCCAAGUGGAUCGAGUGGACCGAGGAGGCCAGCCCCGCCCGGACAUGCCCGGCCAAGCAAAGUGCAUGCGCUGCGUCGGCUACUGGCGGGUCGCGUUCCUUCGACAGGGCGUUGUGGUUUUAGUUCAGUUUAUGUCAAGUUAGUAAAACACGGAACCGACCCUCCAGUAGCCGGCACUUGUGCAUUUGGCUCGCCUUUACGUAUGGCCGCAUGGCCGCGCUCCUGUCGCCUCCCCAUGUUUUGCUCUGCGGGAGCUGCGGGAGGGAGAGCGACGGUCCGGACGAGCGCGUCGUUUGUGUUGUGUCGUUUUUGUGUCAGGCAAAACUGUUCAUUGUGAUCGUAAGCUAGUGAGUGAAUGCCGGUGGAUGCCUCUUCCCGGAACACGGGCUGCUGAGGGAGACGAAGGAAAAGGACAACCAAAAUUACCUCAAUCUUCUCUUCUUUUUUUUCAAUAACAGAUUUUAAUGAAUACAGUUCGAUACCGUACCUCAUAUGCAUGCGAUUCCCCACAUGAUCAACAUGAUAAUAACAUUCUGUACAGAAUAAGUCACAUUAUAAAAUAAACUGUUUUGAUAUAAAAAUAAAACCGUAUCUGCUAAA